CAGUUGCAAGAAUAAGGUGAGGAGGUAGCGUUUGGAUUUGGGGGCUUGGUUCAACUCGCUCGGUUGCUAACGGAACCUGCCAGUCUCUGCAGCGCUCCGACUGUCUACUUUCCCGCAUCAGCACCGCUGUGCUUGGAUUGCGUCUUCUCCCUUCUGCCUGUAUCUGCGCUCUUUGCCUCCCAUAUUUGAUAAGAUAUAAGAAAACAGCAGGCGAAGAAAGGAAAAAAAUACUUUUUAAAGUGUGUCGAUCCAUCUGCUUGAGAACUGCACUGUUUCCCACUGGUAAACAUGGUUAAACUGGGGAGUAAUCUACAAGACAAAGACGCUAAACCGGUCAGUGUGGAGGAUGGCUUCCAAAAUGUGCCUCUCAUCACUCCCCUGGACGUCGGUAACCUCCAGUAUGGAGCCCCCGACAAGGUGGUGGUGAAGACACGGACCGAGUACCAAACUGACCAGAAGAAGACCAAGCUAAAGGUGCCAAAGGUCGAGGAGUUCACCAUCAGCUUCACUGAUGGUGUGUCAGAGAGAGUCAAGGUGACUAUCCUGAUCGUCCUGGCCUUGGCAUUCCUGGCCUGCAUAGUGUUCCUGGUUGCUUACAAGGCCUUCACCUAUGACCACAGCUGCCCAGACGGAUUCAUAUACAAGCAUAAGCGGUGUAUCCCAGCAUCCCUGGAGGCGUACUACACGGCCCAGGAUGCCAACUCCCGAGGACGGUUCUACACGGUGAUCAGCCACUACAGCAUGGCCAAGCAGACCACGUCGCGCUCCGUCUCCCCCUGGCUCCCCGGCGCCGCUCCGCACGACGCCAAGCCGCCCAACACGGACGGGCACUGAAGCCCCGCCCCCGGCCGCGCCUCGUCCGCCCGUCCUACAUGCCGAGCUUUCAAAACAGGGAGUGUCACGUCCCGGUGUCUCGCCGGGCUCGGAGUGCUUUCGUGUCCGUCCGCCUGCCCCCCCACCCCCCCAACCUCCCAUUUCACCCUCCUAAGAAUCUCCCCCCUCUGUUCCGGGCGUCUCCCGCCUCUUUUUGCCUCUCAUCUCUCUGCUCGUUCAUUAUUUAUCAUGACUAUUUAUUUUUUAUCUUGUUAUUGCUGUUUUGUAUUUGAUAUCAAACGACUGUUGUGUAAAGGCGCGAGUCACCACGUUGAAAUCCACUCGGAGUGUCUGAUUCUGUAAACGGCUAGCAAGUGUUAUUUUUUUCAAAUGUACAAGUCUGUUAUUAGCCUGUCUGCAUCAUCAUGACUGUGUGUAAUGGAAAGUGUGUUAGCAUUAAACACCAGGAGCAUGUCUGGGAUUCAAGACCAGGCAUUUCCAUGUCACUGUGCAUACUCAUACUGUAAUCCAUUGUUAUAGAAAAGGCUUUCCCAGGAGAAUCUAUUUGUACAUCUAGCUACGGAAGGUAAACAUGAACAAUAUUCAUUAAAUGUCCUGAAUUUUCUGAGCAAAGCUAGCUAAGUAUUCUCUAUCAUUAUGGUUUGAUGACUGAAAACUCCCCAAGUUGUACAAUGCCCAGUGCGUUCAUGCUAGUUUAUGUGUGUGCAUUGUUGUAGCUAAGUUUCAUGAUAUAUUUCAAAAUGAAUUCUUGGGGAAAAGAACUUUUAUUACCACUUACAUUUUGCUUUUGCAGACGGUUCAGCAGCUGUACACUCAACAUGAAUAUGUGGGCAUACCUAGGAAUAGAUACCAAGGACAUGGAGAUGGUGGGGAAUAUUCUAUAUCAUCGUCUUUGCCAAAACUCUGGUUUCCGCAAUGUUUAGAUACAUUUUUAGAUGAGCUUCUCUGUAGCCUUUUGUUCUGUUUUUUUUUUUAUGUUGUCAAAACAGUUGUGAUGGUGGUAGUUGAUAUGUAGCAAAGCCUGUGGUAGAUUCUCAGUGUGCAUUCUAUAGGUUUAAAAUGAAAAUAAAGCAAGCUGUGACCUGUACAGAAA